AACAUUGUCUAUAUUUAUAUGUAGAAACUAUUGUGAUAUUAUUUGAGUGUAGUAUAAGGCAGUGUAUGUAUCUUGGCCUAAAGUUUGUGUUGUUAUUAGCUGGUGAAUUUCCUAUUAUAGAAUAAAAGAAAAAUGAAAUAUGAUUUAUUGAGCUUUAUUGAGUUUUACACAGAUUUUUUUAAAUUAGCGACUAGCCAGCGUGCUUGAUUUGUAUUAAAGGCUUUCAUUAUUAAAAACUAAUUUUUCCCUUUUCCCUUUUUCAAUUAGAACCAGAAACUCCUACCUUUAGUCCUGUUACUGAGUCUACCACUUUGAGUGUUGAGACCACAACCGCUCUUUCUCCAGAUGAAAUUCCUGAUAUACCAAUGCCACUGCACAAAAUUCUCAUUGGAAUAGGUAUAGUCUUGUGUGUGACAGGAUUUGUGUCCCUAAUCUAUGGUGCCAGGAAAGAGAUUAACAUGCAGAAAAAAAGGGACGAACUGCAGGAGAAGCUAAAGAACACAAAACUUUUCUAUUCAGAUUUUGGUCCAGAUGAACCUGGCUACAAAUUCAUCAUGGAGUCUCCUGGCGAGAAACAUACCUUCAUCUUUCUGCCUGGAGUGACUGAUUUACCUAAAAAUGUGGUUACUGAAAUAAUAGCAGAGGCAAUUAAGGCUCAGGAAGGGAUAUCUAAAACAGAUAACAAAGAAAAUAAUUCCAAUCCUGUGAUAAUUGAAGAACCACAGGAGGAGAUAACUGAGCCACAGGUUAUUGAGCCACAGGUUAUUGAGCCAACUGAGGAGCUUCAAGAAGUUGUAGUUGAAACCAAAGAAGAAAAGAAAAAGAAAUGGCGACGUUUCCCUUUUUCAAAGGGAAAAGGAAAAAAAGCUUUGGAUAUUGAAGCAUCUCAGAAGAACACUAAUAAGCCACAGAUUAUCAAGCCAACAGAGGAGCUUCAAGAAGUUGUAGUUGAGACCAAGGAAAAAAAGAAACGGCGUCGUUCCCUUUUUUCAAAGGGAAAAGGAAAAAAAGCUGUCAAUAAUGAAGAGUCACAAGAGAAGAUUAAUGAUCCAGAAGAGGAGCUUCAAGAGAAGCCAGAGCAAGAAACCAAAGUAAAAGAAAACAAUGCUGAAAUAGAUUUAGAGAAAGGAAAGGAAGAAGUCGCGGUUGAAACCAAAAAAGAAAAGAAAAAGAAAUGGCGAUUUUGGUAUAAGAAGAACAAAAAGGAAAUCGAUGUUACUGAUCUUCCUUAAACAAUAGUUAAGAAGUUAAGGCAUGUGGGACAGUCACCAACUUGUAUGCUGCUACUUGUACCUUUCAUCAAGAAGCCACAACCUACCUCAGAUCGUUUCCUAUUUAUUUGAAUGGGAAGCGGGGUCAUCAGUCACCUAUGCAGGGGACUGGCGGUGGGUGUUCAUUUGGGCAUCUGGGGUGGGUAGUGGCUUUGUUUUACGUUUGUCUGUUUGUAUUAAUAUGAAAAAUAUUAAAUACAUUUUUUAAUAAAUCCACUGACUUUGUGUUUCAUAUAUUGGAGACUGUAUUGUGAUAAUGUAUGUUUCUCUGAAGCCCAACAACAAACGUUGCUCUUGAGUAACGACCUAGAAUCCUUCGUAACGGCCAGAAUCCUUCGGGCAGUUUUCAGCCUCAAUAUAUGGGGCAAGAAAAAACUUCUUUAAAUUAGAGACUGACUGUUAAAUAAAUAUGGAUUUCCUUAUCUGCCAUCAAUUUC